CUUUGCCACCACCAUUUGUAUAAUACAAACACCUUUAUCCAGUGUUCAUUAUUUUUUUUCCCAUCUUCUAGAAAAGUCCACUUAUACAUAUCCCAGCAACUUGCUUUACUUCUCAUUCCCUUCAAAAAAAAUACCUAUAAGAUAAUCAAUCCAUCCAAUCCAUGAUUACUAAUCAAUCCAACAUUCCGAAACCCGAAAAACAGAUCAGGAGAUUUCAUUCCCACCGCCACCACAACAUGGUUGAAUUCGACGGGAUCGGCCACCUCCCACGCGAUCUCGUCAUCGAGAUCCUCACGCGCCUCCCCUCCAAAGAUCUCUGCAGGCUGAGGUGCGUCUCGCAGUCGUGGCGGAGCCUCCUCACGCGCGACGCCGAUUUCAUGUCCCGCCACGUGGAGCUUUCGAAGCAGAAGCCCCUCCUCCUCGUCCGGCGGUACAUCUCCGACGGGACCGGCGAGCUCAACAACAGCAAAAUCACCGUCGAGCUGACCUCCAUGGACCUCCGCGGCGAGGUCACCGACAAGUUCACCAGGGUCAUCGACGGCGCCGUGCACGCGUUCGUCACGUGCGGCCCCCUGAGCAUCCUGUGCUGUAUGUUCUCCAUGUACGUCUGCAACCCCAGCAUCCAGCAGGUGGCGCGUGUGCCCUUCCGCUCCAACACGCGCCUCUACAACGUGGGGUUCGGCUACCUCCCGGCCACGAAAGAGUACAAAAUCGUGCACAUGUUCUGCCGCUCGCUCGUCGGGAACGGGAAAAUGGGGUGCGAGAUUUUCUCGUUCGGCACCCAAACCGGUGUCGGAUCCGGGUCGUGGAGGACAAUCGGGGACUGCCCGUUCAGCGCGUGGACCGACGAGUACCCGGUGUGCGUGAACGGAAUCAUCUACUGGGCGCUCUCUUCCGGGUGGAAGGACAAGUCCAUUCUCUCUCUAGAUUUAGAGAGAGAGGAAUUCAGCAGCAUUUCGUACCCAACACACGAAUCCAAAAAAUACAGCUUCCUCGAGUACAUUGGGCUAAUGGGUUCGCUCUGUGUCGUCGGUUUUUCUGCGGAAGCUUCGACUAUGGAUAUAUGGAUGCUGAAGGGGAAUAAGAAGAAGAAGAACAACGAGAAUUGGUCAGUCGAGUACAGUAUUAAUCUUUACCCUCUGUGUCCGAAGUUUUUGAUUCCGUCAGAUGAUCAGGCCGACGAAAUAUUGGUCCAUAUGGAGCAAAAGGAUCUUAUUUGUUAUAGCCUCAAGAAUCGAACUUCGGAGAAAAUCGAGUACUAUCGGGCUAUGAAGACUUACAAUAAGCCGUGUUUGUAUUACGAUAGUCUUAUUCCUAUGCUUACAAAUGGUGUUUGAAAACGGUUUGAUCGACUUUGGGGAUUUGGCGAUUUGGGAGUAUAGGGAUUGAAUAACCGGAAGUUUGUUCUUCGCUCUUUUUCGUUUUCGAUUUUUUGUUUUUUCGUUUAGUGGUAAUAAUUCAGGCACUUAUCAGGCAGCCCUGAAGAAGUUUUCUUCUUUUUCGUGCUUGAAUGGAUAUGCUUCUCUUGCAGUUAACAUAACAGGGAAAUUUGCAUCUUUUUUUUUUACAGUUGGAUUGAUGAAUGGAGUUUUCUUGCUGUAAACUCGUUUUGGAUAAAUAAAUCAAUGUUUUCUCUU